CCCUUUGCGCAUUAGGACCCUGAACACAGCGGAUUCAGUAAAUAUGGCAGACAGCGAAACAUCGGCAGAUGCUCGCAAACACAAGAUUUUUCAGGAGCUUCUUAGUCCAUCAGAACUGUUUCAGGCAAGAUGCCAAAGUCAUAAGAUACCGGUGAAGGGUCAAAAAGAUUUUCUGCCCAAUGCUUCCGAGCAUCAGAGGAGUCGACUACAGCAGAGUCUGGAUGAACACUGGACGCUGCUGCAGGAGGAGAGAGUCGAGAGACUGGGAAAUCUUGUGAAAGCUGUAUGGGUCUCUGAGGAAAGACGAGUGGAAUUGCAGUCACCAGCGGGGAAGUUUUGGCACUCGAUGGGUUUUUCAGAUAGAGGAAAGCAGUGCCUACAUGCUGAAGAGGCUCUCUACCUCAUGGAAUGUGGGAAUGUGCAGGUCUUCUACCGUGAUCUUCCCUUGUCCAUCCAGGAGGGAUAUGAACGAUUCCUCUCUUCCGAAACUCUGACUGUUGACCAGUAUCAGGUUUAUGGACAUUUGAAAAGGCUGGGGUAUGUUGUGAACAGAUUUGACCUCAGUUCAGUGCCAUCUGAAUACGAGAGACAGCUCAAUCUGCCAGCAUCAGUAGACAGACAGAGAAAACCGGUGAAGAGGAAACGCAGUCAGAGUCCCGUCUCCAGCGACAACCGCAGCACAUCGCCGCUGGAGAAGACGACAGCUGAACACCAAAGUGAAAAGCAAGUUAAGUCCAAUGAGUCACUAGCAGGCCAAACAACUCCAGAUCAACCUCAGGGGGAGCUUAUGGAGUCACUUCCAGCUCCAGAAGACUCUUCUGAAAGGACGUGGUGGACGGAAGAGCACAUCCAACCUCCAUCUGCCCAGUCCCAAACCAGAGCUCCUCGCUGGGACUUCAAAAACCUCUCUUUCCCAGACCUGGGCUCAUGGUCACGUUCGGCCUGUCUGGAGUCUCCGGACCCGAGCCUGCUGCCUGGAGCUCUGGAGGUGGGCGACUGUCACAUGACUCCGUGGCUGAGAAGACUCAACGUGAAGGAAGAGAAGCUGUCACGCCGGCAAAGGGACCGCCAGAGAGAUCGAGAUCGCUACCACAGGGAUAUUAAUCGUGACCCCAAGGUACGGGACUGCGGGAACUGGGCGGAGUAUAUAAAGCUGAUGGAGGAGAGGAGGAGACAACAGCAGAAGCAGAGACCUGCACACCUGUGGGAGAGGGAGGUGACGCCUCUGACUCAGCCUGGCCAGUGCACAUCACACCGUGAAGUGCUGGAGCGGAUCAGCAUUAUCAAAUCUUCAAGCUGGUGGGAGGGUGUUUCCAGAGCACCCCCGGCUGACCAGUGGAAGAUUAGCUUUGAUGUUUACCAGCCGGACACGGUGGCCGAAUUUAAAAAGAGCCACCCCGGAAAGCCCUACAGCCGCAUUUGUGUGUGCAGUUUCGACGGUCCUGUACCUGAUCUGCGCAUCAUGAAGCAGUUGUCCUGCCAAAGUGGAGAUGUCCCAGUGACGUUUGCGGCGGUGGACCACGGAGACAUCUCCUUUUACUGCUUCAAGAACUUCCGACUGCCCUCAGAUGUGUAUUAAACUUUUAGGAGUGAACGCAUCCACAUUUCAGAUGAAUUGCAUCUAAUUGCAUAAAUGUUCAUCUCAGGGUAUUCAUGUGAUUUUAUUAAAAAGAAUUGUGCCAUGCUUCAUUUUUACUGUUACAAUAACACCAGCAGACACUGUAUGUCAUUUAUAUGCCAGCGUAGUUUAAGCAACCCGGGUUCAUUCAAGGCUCAAGCUUUGUUUUUAUGGUCCUAGUGUAUUUGUGUGCUUCAUAUUGCCUUGGUUUACCUGUAUUCACAUCGAUGGUCAUUCUUUAUUUAGAUUCGGUUCAGUUGCAGUUUACAGUAAUAUUUGGAAUGGUGAAUGCUUGGCACGUUGCUUAAAUGGUAAUAAAGCAAUCAUUCGGAUGCCAUGUGCUUAUAUUGUGUAUUUCUCUAGCUGCUGGAAGAAUGUACUAAGGCGCAUCUUUGGGAAGUCCGAGUUCUUGAAGGUUGUUGAAUUAUUGGUGUUCACCUUCUGAAACAAUGAAACAGAACUCGGGUGUCUAUUGGUAUGGAAUCAAUGUAGGUUCUUUUUAAUGGACUUUGAUGUUGACCUUUGGGGUUCCUCUUGGCCAAAGAUUCUGUAAAACCUGUUAGAUGUGAGAAAGAUUGUGACCGUACAACCUUUUGAAUGGAUGGUACGUUUGCAUUUCAAAGCCUUAUUUUUAUUAGCGGGAUGCUCCCUAUCUGGUUCUUUUGUGCUUGCGCUAUCAAUAAAUCUAAUGGUUUUUGAAGAAUGACGACCAGGUCAACUGGCUUUCAGUAUUUAAGUGGUUUGUGUGAUUAAUUAUAUUCACACAAUACAAACAAGUGCACCAGUAUUGUCAAUGUAAUUACAUGCUGUUUGUCAUAUAAAACCAGCCAACAGAACUCAAUUUAAGUGAAAUAUGAGGCCUUUUAUGAUGAAAAUGUGUGUUUAAAACAAAACAAGAAACAGCAAUACAUGCAUAGGUUGAAAUGGAAAACACUCCAUAUGCUUUGGUUGCAUGGAAUCAACGUCCUACAGUUCAUGCAGGUCAUGCAUAUAAAUCAUAAACGCAUACAUCAUACGACACAACUUUCAUUAUUGCUAAUCAAGUUCUGUACAAGCACACUCCAUAUUUCACUGACGCCUCUGGAAGUCUAUACUGAGUCAAUAAAGCUGUCGUAUUUUACAAUGAUUCCUUUUAACCACACGUAUGGGUGUUUGGGCAGGUGUCUAUUAAUCAUUUUUAAAUUCCUGAUCAAUUCAAGUUGUUUUUUUACACGAUUUACAGAAAUAAUGUUGUUUUUAUUUAUUGAACUUGUUCUUUAUUUUAAGCAUGAAAAAUGCCGACAAAGACAUGAUGUCAGCUUUUGACAUACUUUUCUUGCACAUAUCUUAUUGUAGUUAAACUACAAGCACAGGAGGAGGUGGGGCAUGUGUUUCACUCAGUGCAUAAAUAUGAGUGAAUAACAGUAAUCUGUGCAAGAC